AUGAAACAGGGGCUUAACCUUUACUUUUUCGGCGGGGUGGUGGUUGUGGAGUCCUCACUGCUGCUUAUGUUUGAUCACAUGAGGUUUGAGCAGGUAGUUGCAGAGACGCAGCCAAGGCUGCAAGCACAAAGGAAGUUUGCUCAGUCCCAGCCAAACAGUCCCAGCACAACUCCAAUAAAGAUAGUGGAGCCGUUGUUACCCCCUCCCGCCACACAGAUUUCUGACCUCUCCAAAAGGAAGCCCAAGACAGAAGAUUUUCUCACUUUCCUCUGUCUUCGAGGUUCUCCAGCCCUGCCCAGCAACAUGGUAUAUUUUGGAAGCUCUCAGGAUGAUGAGGAUGAAGAAGAGGAGGAGGAGGAGACAGAGGACACAAAAACAGCCACAAACAAUGCUUCAUCAUCAUGCCAGUCAACCCCCAGGAAAGGAAAAACGCAUAAACAUGUACCAAACGGGCAAGUUUUCAAUGGGUCCAGCAAAUCAUCGAAGGAGAAAGAACCUGCUCAGAAACACAAAAGCAAAGAGGCCACACCAGGGAAGGAGAGGAACAGCGAACAUAAGGCUGAGAGCCGAAAAGACCAGGCUGCUGCUAAUCACCAUCCUACUACAAACACUGGCUCCUCUACGAAAGGGCUCACUGCUAACAACCACCACACUCUUCAUAGAUCGGCUCAGGACUUAAGGAAACAG